AUGUACACUACGUGCGACGGUGUACCUACGAACUGUUUACAAGUUUACAAGUACCGUUUGUGUUCGUAGGCCAACGAUGUUGUUGAAGUUUAGACUGUACGAACGUGCGACGGACCGAUUUGUACUUGUUCGUCAGCGGUACUAUACCGAUAUUCGUCCACCAGGCGUUACUAUUUAAUGUACUAGUUGCUACCAAUAUUCAACUGUGACAUGACGUCUCUACUCGCAAGCACACAGAUAUUGAUCGUUAUUUUUCACGCAGUCGUCGGAUACAGUUACACGACUAAUUAUAUAACAGUGCCGGUCGAUCAUUUUAGUUACACUAACGAUGAUGUAUUUCAAUUAAAAUAUCUUACCAACAAUACGUUUUGGGAUGCGAAGAAAGGACCAAUAUUUUUUUACACUGGUAACGAAGCACCGAUUGAAAGCUUCUCAAAAAAUACAGGCUUCAUGUGGGAAAUAUCGAAAGAAUUUCGCGCAAUGGUCGUGUUCGCCGAGCACCGUUACUACGGCGAUUCGAUGCCAUACGGAAACGAUUCGUUCAACGAUAAAAAAAAAUUGGGUUAUCUGACCUCGCAGCAAGCGAUCGCCGACUUCGUUGACGUGAUAAACCACUUAAGGGAAGACUCUGCACUGAAUCGAAGGCGACCCAAUCCAGUGAUCGCGUUCGGUGGUUCGUACGGAGGCAUGUUGGCCGCCUGGUUGCGCAUGAAGUAUCCCGCUGCGGUCGAAGGAGCUAUUGCUUCGUCGGCACCCAUAUGGCAAUUCACCGGGAUGACUCCGUGUAAUGAUUUCCAUAAAGUGACAUCGUCGGUUUACAGAAAUACAAGUGUUGAAUGUGCGGAAACUAUUUCGGCUUCAUGGAAAGCUAUUGAUAACGUCACAGAAACGGGAGACGGAAAAACGUGGUUAACAGAUAAUUGGAGAUUAUGCAAACCGUUGAAGGACAAAGACGACGUACAACUACUUAAGAACUGGGCCUCUGAAGUGUACGUGUCACUGGCUGUAGUUAAUUAUCCGUACGAGGCAAACUUUUUUGCUCCUCUACCAGCGAAUCCGAUUAAGGAAGUCUGUAAACCAAUGAUCAACCACGCCGUAGAUGACCGGGAGCUCCUGAGAUCUGUGUUCCGAGGACUGAGUGUGUACUUCAAUUACACCGAGUCGGCCAAAUGUCUAGACACCGAAUCAGCAUAUCCGGAUGAAAUAAUUAAAGGUUGGAAUUAUCAGGCAUGCACGGAAAUGAUAAUGCCGUUUUGCGCAAACGGUGGCGAAGACGAUAUUUUUGAAGCAAUCCCAUGGGAUUUCGAGAGCUACGCGGAUUACUGUGAAACACAAUACGAUGUCAGACCGAACGUGGACGAUGUCGAAAAGCAAUACGGCGGGAAAAAUAUCGACGCCGCGUCCAACAUUAUUUUCAGCAACGGUUUGUUGGACCCGUGGUCAAGUGGCGGCGUGCUGAAGAGCGUGUCGUUCACCGUCCGCGCGUUGCUGAUACCGGACGCGGCGCAUCACUUGGACUUGCGGGCGUCGCACCGCAACGACACGGAGUCCGUGGUUCGAGCCCGGAAGACCAUCAAACGAUGGAUAAAGAUGUGGAUACACGGUUACUGGCUCCGCAAGUAGACGGCACUCGUUGUUCGUCAUCGUGAAUGUUUAGCGUAUCCGAUGCACUCGGUAGAUUCGCGCUGUGCUGCACGUGCCGUUAUGAAAAUUAUUGUUUGCCGGCGUACAAGUUGGUUCACAGGUCCAAUGCGAUUUAUUAAAAAAAAAAAAAAAAAUAAUAAUAUGUAAUAUACACGUAAUCACAGUA